GUGUAAGAUGGAGAGAGAGAGAGUGUGUGUAGGAUGGAGAGGUGCAGACAGUGAGAUAUGGGGUGAAGUGAGGGGAGGGGAAAAAGAGCAGAAGUUUUUUUUUUUUUUUGGCGAGCUGUGGGGGGUUCGUUUAAAUGAAACCAGGUGCACCAUGUGGCCAAGGCUCGUGUUUGUGAGUAGCGCUGGUGUGUGUGAAUCUAUGUGAGUUGUUGCCUGCGAAUCGGGACAGAUUUGGAAUUUUGGAAUUUGGGCCACAGACCAGGAAUUUGCAUCCUGUGGGGUCAGAGUAAGGGGGUGGGGGCGUCGAGGGGGGGUCUAGAGGGUGGAGGAUGGCAGCGCAGGGGGGCUGGAUGGAGAAGACGGGGGUGGUGGAAUGGGCUGUCCCUCUCUUCCUCUCUUUCUUUCUCUCUCUCUUGCUCUCCCUCCCCUGCAUACAUUCAAGACUCCAGCUGUCGGGUUUUUAUCCCACUCACUCUCUAAGGGCCGAAGAAGAAGCAGGAGGAGGAAGAAAGGACGAGGGCCACUCCAGCUAGCAGCAGAGAAAGUAGCCACUCGCUCUCACACACACACACACACACACACAUAUACGCACACGCACACACGCGCGCGCACGCUCACUGACACACAUAGCCAGGCUCACACAGAGGUCUGACCUGCAGCACCACCGGAAGAGAGGAGAGGAGAGAGUGGAGAACGAGAGAAGCCUGUGAAGAGUAGGAGAGAGACUGGGGGAAGAAAGAGGAGCCGAGGAGUGCCGGCCUAUUCCAUUGUGCUGCUGCUGCUGCUGCUGCUGUAAAUCAAAGUGAACCGUUCCCCUGGUCCCGACCAGAGACGCUGCUUCAGAUCUGAGUGUACCUGUGUCAGCGCGUGUGUUUGUGUGUGUAUGAGCGUUUGUUGAGUUGCACUGCAGUCUCCUCGUUUGCCCUUCUGCUUGUACACCGUAGAGUCUGACACCCCUGCCAGUGCGUGAGCAUGCCAUCGCCUGUGUGUGUGUCCCUGCUGUGUGUGUGUGCGUGUGUCUCUCUUUUCGUCCCCAGUGCAAUUUCGCAGCCACCCUCAGAAAGUGACACCUACACGGAAUGCACAGAUGGAUACCAGUGGGACGCGCGGACACAACACUGCAAAGACAUUAAUGAAUGUGAGACCAUCCCAGACGCCUGUAAAGGAGAGAUGAAGUGCUUUAACCAUUACGGGGGCUACCUGUGCCUGCCCCGCUCCGCCUCCGUCAUCCCUGCCCCGGAGCCCCCCACCCCGAGCCUCCCCGAGAGCCAGCCGGAGCCCUACCAGUGCCCCCUGGGGUACAAGCCAGAGGGAGACAGCUGUACAGACAUAGACGAGUGUGAGAGGGACGAACACGACUGCCAACCCAGUCAGGAGUGUAUCAACACACAGGGCAGCUUCAACUGCCAGUGCCCAGACGGGUACCGCAAAGUGGGCACUGAAUGCAUUGAUAUCGAUGAGUGCCGGUACAGGUACUGUCAGCACCGCUGUGUCAAUGUCCCGGGCUCCUUCUCAUGCCAGUGUGAGCCAGGCUUCCAGCUGGCCGGCAACAACCGCUCCUGCAUCGAUGUGGAUGAGUGUGGCAUGGGCGCCCCCUGUCAGCACCGCUGCUACAACACAUACGGGACGUUCCUCUGCCGCUGUGACCAGGGCUACGAGCUGGGGGCCGACGGCUACGCCUGCAAUGACAUUGAUGAAUGCAGCUACUCCAGUUUUCUAUGUCAGCAUCAGUGUGUGAAUGAGCCCGGAAAGUUCUCCUGCGUUUGUCCAGAGGGGUACCAGCUCCUGGGCACACGUCUUUGCCAAGAUGUGAAUGAGUGUGAGACGGGUGCACACGAGUGCACGGACGCGCAGAACUGCGUCAACAUUCAUGGAGGUUACAAGUGUGUCGACACCGACCCCUGUAAUGAACCCUAUGUGCAGGUGUCAGACAAUCGCUGCAUGUGUCCCGUGACCAACCCGGCCUGCCACGGCCUGCCCUACUUCAUCGUGCACCGCUACAUGAGCGUCACGUCUGAGCGCUCCGUCCCCUCCGACAUCUUCCAGAUCCACGCCACCAGCGUCUACCCCGGAGCCAACAACUCCUUCCGCAUCCGCACCGGAGAUGAGAACGGAGACUUCUACAUCCGACAAAUCAAUAACAUCAGCGCCAUGCUGGUGUUAGCCCGCGCUGUGACAGGACCCAAGGAGUACGUGCUGGACCUGGAGAUGGUGUCGGUCAACCUCGUCAUGAGCUACCAGAGCAGCUCCGCCCUCCGUCUGUCCAUCUACGUGGGACCACAUGCUUUCUAAGAACAGAGAGAGAGAGAGAGAGAGAGAGAGAGAGAGAGAGAGAGAGAGAGAGAGAGAGAGGGGAAGGACAGAGGAAAGGAUAGAUGAAGGAAAGGAGAUAAGCACAAGAGAAAGAGAAAGGAAGAACAUGGUGGAGGAGGAGGAAGGCAAGCUAAACUUGUUUACAUAUUCGUAGAAUCCUUUGCAGCUCUUCCUCUCACUUGACGUGGCCAAAAGUCCCACAUGAACAAUCCAUAUGUACAACUGCAACAUCAUCAGGCAGUGUUUUUGUGAAACGGUAACACUGCUAAACACCUACUCGGGUUCCACUGUGUCAGGUGGGAUUGGCUGAGACCAAUGUGGCCAACUGCACUAUGAUUACUGCUGUAUGAUGCUGUUUCAACCAGAUCCCCAUCUAUCCCACCCACCCCCUACAAAGUGCCUUCAAAGAGCAGGUCAUACGCAGAGGGGCAGGCGUUCAAGUGUCUUUAACUGGUUAUGUACAUUCUUUGGUGCCAGUCAUCCCACAACCUGCCUCCUCAGUCUUUUUUUCCAUUUUGGAUUUGUUCAAUGUUAUUUCUUUAUUUGAAGGCUACAAAAAACGAAUAGAUGUACAGCACUGUGCAAAAGUUUAAGGCCUUUAGUUGUUUCACAAAAUGUUGUCUUACAGUGACAGUUAUUUUUCUAUCCUUACUAAAACAUCCUAUUAGUGUUUCAAUAGGAAAUAUCAUCUUUUAUAUUUUCAAACACUCUUUUAAGUAAAGUAUGGU